GAAAGAGAGCAUGCCCGGAACAACCAGCUUCCGCUUCAGCCUCGCCGCCGCCGCCGCCGCCGUUACCGCCACCACCUUCGUUCUCCCCUCCCCAUUCGGCGACCUCACGCCCACUCUCUCCGCCACCAACCUCCGCGACACCGCCUACGAGAUCUUCGUUGCCGCUUGCCGCACCUCCACCGGGAAGCCCCUCACCUACAUUCCUACCAAUUCCUUCAACUCCGACCGAUCCCCAUCCCGUCGCCGUCGUUGCUGUCCAGCUCGCCGUCAAUGCAGCGAUCGCUCACUUCCACUGCUGCUUCCAAGGUCAAGAAGGCGUUAGGGCUCCGAUCCAGUUCCAAUUCGGCGCUGAUAGUUAUAGCUUGUUUUUUUUUUUUUUUUAAUUAGUAAUGGCAUUUUUACAUUUUAGUGCACAUCAGAUCCCAACCCAAGAGCAUGAAUCGCUGAAGCAUGAUAAAUCUUCUAUACUAUUUCCCCAAUUCAGAUCUAUAUAUACCCAUAAACUUGAAACCAACAAUUAUUAAUUCCUUAAAAAUAUAUGAUGAAUCUUGGAUCAAUAAGGAUCAAAAGGGCCAUUGGGUUGAAGCUAUUUGCAGAGUCCAAGAUAAGUGAGAUAAAGAACUCGAUCCUUGGCACCUGAUCGAUUAUUGUUGGUGUGUUUGCAGAAAUACUUCAACUGCGUGAGCUUACAACACCCAAUCAUCUGACCCGGAAGCAAGAACAGCCAACUUAUCUCUCUCUUCUUCUCCGCAAUCACUGGUUUGACAUUACUGCCCUGUUUUUGACAGAAUUUGCAGAUUUGAAGAACAGGGUUCAACCAUUCAUUUGGAGCUCGAUCACGCAUGGCGGCUUUGUUUUUGACUAUAAAACCACCCACUUCGUUGAAUUUCUCUCUAAGAUCAUAUGGUUUGUGAAAAUUGGUCUGUUGACUCUGUUGCGGCGCAUAUAGUUUAGGUGUCAGCAGGGAGUGUGGCCACGUCAUCAGAGUUCAUCCUCCCUGCGCAGGAUGCAAGCAUUACUCAAGAGAAAAAGAUGUAUUUUUUUUUUUUAUCAAAAAUAAAAAGUGAAGGAGCCCUAAUUGAUGAGGAGUUCCCGCCAUUUUUCCCCACAGUAAAGAAGGCCGGUCUCCCGCCAAUUCCACAGCAGCCACUGCAGAGAGUGGAAGCCUCUGAAAAUCUUCUUCCUUGGGAGAGAGAUAGAGAAAGAUGAGUGGAGCUGUGGUAAAGAUAAGGAAGAAGGUACAGAGUAAGUUCAGGAUCAGAGGCUACACCCUCAAAGUUGAAGCCCUAGAUGAGAUCCUGUCCUUCUUGACCCGCUUCCAGGACGCGGAAGACGAAGCCCUAGAUCUCCUCCUCGACGAACUCCAAAAUGAAUCCUUGAAAUCUUCCAUACUGGACAAGGAGUCCGUACAUCGUGUCGUAAGCCUUCUAUUGGAAGCCGAAGCCGCCGUUGAUGAAAGCCCUAGCAGCUCAAUCGCUCCUAACAAAUCCGCUCUCCGCAUAAUCGACGCCUUCUUUGUCCCAAAGUUCCGCUACGAUCCCGUCAGAAAGAUCUUCUUCGAGCACACAGGGAGGCUUCCAAUUCAUGGUGAUGCUUCUGCAAAAGCCACUUUGUACAGAGAUAGGUUUCUCUUGUUGCUUCAGAGGCUUUCUCGUGACCCGAAUUUUUCGAGGCCUGUAUUCGAUACUGGAAUGUCUCAGCUUGGAAGCUGUGAGAUAUCUCCGAUACAGUCUCUGGUCGGGCUAACAGGGAGAAGAUGGGUCAUGGGAGUAAUAUCUCAGUUGGAAGAUGGCCAUUUCUACCUGGAAGACCUCACGGCAGCAGUUGAAAUCAAUUUGUCUAAUGCAAAGAUAACCACAGGUUUUUUUUCAGAAAACACUGUAGUUUUAGCAGAAGGUGAGAUGCUUUUGGAUGGUAUUUUUCAGGUGAAAACAUGUGGAUUUCCUCCAUUAGAGGACAGAGAUAAGACAAUUGCAUUAUUUGGCGGACUUGACUUAUUUGGAAGUGGUACGCUAACAAAAGAGGAAACUCUGAGACUUGCAGAACUAGAAAAGAAUGCAGUGAAUGACAUGUUUGUGGUACUGUCUGAUGUUUGGCUAGACAAUGAGGAGACCAUGGGAAAGCUAGAGACUGUCUUAGAUGGUUACGAGAAUGUAGAGGUCGUUCCUUCUCUAUUUGUUUUCAUGGGAAAUUUCUGUUCACAUCCAUGUAAUCUUUCCUUUCAUUCCUUUUCUAGUCUCAGAUUGCAGUUCGGAAAGCUUGGGCAAAUGAUUGGAGCCCAUCCACGAUUAAAGGAGCAAAGUAGAUUUCUUUUUAUUCCUGGUCCUGAUGAUCCAGGUCCUUCAACUGUUCUACCUAGGUGUGCUUUACCAAAAUACUUAACUGAAGAACUUCAGAAGCUCAUUCCAAAUACCAUAUUCGCAACAAAUCCUUGCAGAAUCAAGUUUUACACGCAAGAAAUCGUAUUUUUCCGUCAGGAUCUGCUUUAUAGAAUGCGUAGGUCAUGUCUGAUGACUCCUUCAACAGAAGAAACUAGUGAUCCUUUUGAGCAUCUUGUUGCUACCAUAACGCAUCAAAGUCAUCUCUGCCCCCUCCCUCUGACUGUGCAACCCAUUAUCUGGAAUUAUGAUCACUGUCUCCACCUUUAUCCAAUUCCACAUACGAUUGUGUUGGGAGACAGAAGUGACCAGAAGGCAUUCAAGUACACAGGAAUAACGUGUUUUAAUCCUGGUUCAUUCUCUAACGACAGCACUUUUGUGGCAUAUCGUCCUUGCACUCGUGAAGUUGAGCUGUCGGCUUUGUAAGCAACACUAGGUUACCGCCACCAUAAUUCUUUUAGCCGGCAAUGUGGUUUGGUGCAGAAGUUAUACCACCUUGUCCUGCUGCACGGCGGAAUUGUUGGCAUUGAAGUUCCUCAAAUGUUGAAGCAAUCAUCAGGUUAUCAGAUUUAUUAUGCUUCGUUUCUAAUGUAAGGUAUAUUAAAUUACUAUUACACUUCGCAUCAAGGUUAAUAUUGAGGGAUUAUUUUUUUUCUUCUAUGUACAACUGUCACAUAUGUACUAUUUUUCUGAUACAGAUUCAUACAUGUACUAUUUUCUAACUGUUAGCUCAAUUGAUAUCAUCGGUCUUUAUUUUCC